AUGCGUAUAGAAGCAUUGGCAGCGAGUCUGCUGGCGGGCUUGACUUCAGCAUCGACUUUGACGCCGCCUGUUCUUCCUCUGAUCGUCCGCAAUCCGUACCUCUCUACAUGGCUAGCCAAUGCAAGAGAUGAGCCAUGGUCGAAAUGGCCAAUGUUCUACACCGGUGACUCGUUGGGUUUUUCAGUAUUAGCUUCCACUCCAGAUACUUCGACCGUUUACCCUCUUCUCGGACGUCCACAGGACUCUCUGGACAAUGAGAGCACAAACUACACCAUCUCGAACCCAAAGUACCUUGGAGCUCAGUACGAUGCUUCCACCACCAAUUUGACAUACACCAUCACACCGAAUCAUUCAUCCAAUGGCAGCGCCGAGGUUGUGCUUUCAUUUCUGUCCCCGAUAACUCCCACUUCAACUCUGAGGCAGUCGAUUCCAGCUAGCUACCUUUCAAUCCACGUGAAAGGAAGCUUCGAUCUUGACAUUUAUGUCGACGUGAAUGGCCAAUGGGUGAGUGGGGACCGUGGUUCCCACAUCGAAUGGAACUUGCAUGAACAGAUUGCGAAAGACACCACUAAGCUCAAGACUUGGAGGGUCAAGAGAAGCAACGAGGAGCUCUUCACCGAAAAGGCGGAUAGAGCAGAAUGGGGAACUCUCCAUUUCACAGGACCCUCAGAUGUUGCACACGAAUGUGGGACGUCGGGUAUCCUUCGUAAUCGAUUCGCAAAGACUGGGAAGCUGAACAAUGCUGUUGACAACUCUUUCCGAACGAUCAUGGACGAGGAACCUGUAUUUGCCUUUAGCAAGAAAUUCAACUUGGGAUCCGGCGAGAGGAACGAGGACAGCGUUCUGUUCACAAUCUCACACAUCCAGAAUCCCGUCACCCAGUUUGCUUCUGCCAGGGGAUUGACGAUGAUGCGACCACUCUGGAUGUCGUACUUUUCCUCAGACGAAGCGCUGAUCGACUUUCACUACCACGACUUUCGCCAUGCCUUGAGUCUUGCGUCUGAUUACUCCACUCAAGUGGCAAAGGACGCAUACGCGAGCGGUAGCGAUAGUUACAAGGACAUCGUUGAGUUGAGCGCGCGGCAAGUCCUGGGUGCUACGGUGUUCAGCGGAACCCCGGAGAAUCCCAUCCUAUUCCUAAAGGAAAUCAGCAGUAAUGGCAACUGCCAAACCGUCGAUGUCAUAUUCCCUGCUUUCCCCUUCUUCCUAUACACAAAUCCUCGAUGGUUGGCAUACCUCUUGGAGCCUCUUCUCGAGCACAUGCUCAGCGGUCAGUACCCCAACGAUUACACAAUGCAUGACUUGGGCACACAUUUCCCUAAUAUGACUGGCCAUUCCGAUGGGAAUGAUGAAUACAUGCCGGUGGAGGAAUGUGGUGACAUGCUCAUCAUGGGUCUUGCGCUGGUCAACAGUCUGUCAUAUGGUUCGGACAGCGAGACACAGUCGCCAUGGAGUGCUCUCGGUGCGGCCAAGAAGGCUUCCGAGAUCGAGAUGCUCGCCGAUGAUAUCAGUCCAUUCGCCCUACCCUCCCAGCCUGAGACUCGAGAUGGUAUUUUCGGCCUCGACGAUGCAUGGGGAGGCGCAAGCUCCGCCCACCAGGCUAAGAAAUGGCUAUCGAGAUCAUACCGUCUCUGGAACCAGUGGAGUGGAUAUCUCGUCGACUAUUCCCUUUACCCUGCGAAUCAGCUUUGCACGGAUGACUUUGCCGGCUGGCUUCCUCUGAUGACGAAUCUCGCGCUCAAAGGUAUCGUUGGCCUCAAAGCCAUGAGCGAGUUGGCAGAAGUCGCUGGCGARGUCGAAGAUGCCAAGUACUAUCGCAACAUCAGCGAGACGUACAUCAAAGAGUGGGAAACUCAGGGAAUGUCCAGGGAUGGUGAGCGUGCCAAGUUGUCCUACGACUGGUACGGCUCCUGGACGACUCUUUACUCUUUGUACGCAGACGCCGUGCUCUGCUUCCACCCCACUCUCAACUCCACAGAGAGUAGUAUCGAAUUGGCACACGGUGGUUCACAGCAACCCAUACUUUCUAGUCUAGGCAAGAAGAGCAGCAACUUCAUCCCCGAUCACAUAUACACUGCUCAGUCCCGCUGGUACGAGACUGUGAUGCAGAAAUAUGGAUUGCCGCUGGACAGUCGUCAUCUCUACACCAAGAGCGAUUGGGAGUUCCAGGCGGCGGCGGUGGCUUCCAAGAAGACCAGAUCUCAGAUCUUGGACAAGGUAGCCACAUGGUUGAAUGAGACGAGUACGGAUCGGCCAUUUACCGAUCUUUACAAGACGGAGGAGGAUGGCGGAUUUCCAGGUCCCAACUUCUUCGCUCGUCCAGUGGUGGGGAGUCAUUUUGCUUUCCUAACUCUCGAGCGGGCUUGUCAGGGUAAGGGAGCGGCUGCAUUUGCAUAUGAGGAGUGA